UAUUAAAAAGAAAAAUAAUUAAGAGGAAACAAAUAAAAAAGCUGGCACAUGCUUUGUGGCUUUUGCUUUCUGUUUGGAAAGCUCUACCCAACUUACUCAACAGAGCCUGGCAUCAGCCUUUUUUUGCGCUUUUGAUUUCCCCUUUGCUUUCUUUUACUCACCGGUCACCACUCAAUUAUUGUGUUUGGCAAAAAAGUCUGCAUCUGGGUCCACCACCAUUAAUGAUUCCUUCAAGUUCAAGCCCUUGGCAAAAGAGACCGGUCUUUACUUCUUACUUUGCAGUUUGCUGCUGUGAUUCUGCAUUCCGCUUUGCUUCAUUUUUCCUGUAUUCAAUCUCGCUGAAUUCCUUUUGCAAUGGCGGACGCACUCCUCUCCGCUUCACUUCAAGUUCUAUUCGACAGGUUGGCUUCUCCGGAGCUCGUCAACUUCAUCCGGGGACAGAAGCUUAGCCAUGAACUCCUCACCGACUUUAAGAGGAAAUUGCUGGUUGUCCACAAAGCGCUCAAUGAUGCGGAGGUGAAGCAAUUUUCAGACCCACUGGUCAAAGAGUGGUUGGUCCAAGUUAAGGAUGUUGUGUAUCAUGCGGAGGACCUGUUGGACGAGAUCGCUACCGAAGCCUUGCGUUGCGAGAUAGAAGCUGCUGAGGUCCAAACUGGCGGAAUUUAUCAGGUGUGGAACAAGUUCUCUACCAGGGUUAAGGCUCCCUUUGCCAACCAAAACAUGGAGUCCAGGGUCAAGGGCUUGAUGACCAGACUUGAAAACAUUGCAAAAGAAAAAGUUGAGCUUGAGCUGAAAGAAGGUGAUGGUGAGAAACUGUCACCAAAAUUACCAUCCUCUUCUUUGGUGGAUGACUCCUUCGUGUACGGCAGGGGUGAAAUUAGGGAGGAGUUGGUGAAGUGGUUGCUUUCUGACAAGGAAACUGCAGCAGCCAACAACGUCAUAGAUGUGAUGUCCAUAGUGGGCAUGGGCGGAAGUGGCAAGACCACACUCGCUCAGCUUCUCUAUAACGAUGACAGAGUGAAGGAACACUUCCACAUGAAAGCAUGGGUCUGUGUUUCCACGGAGUUUCUUCUUAUCGGUGUAACCAAAUCAAUUCUUGAGGCAAUCGGUUGUAGACCUACUUCCGAUCACAGCCUAGAUUUGCUUCAACAUCAACUCAAAGACAACCUUGGCAACAAGAAAUUUCUGCUCGUUCUCGACGACGUCUGGGAUGUGGAGUCUCUUGAUUGGGAAAGUUGGGAUAGACUACGAACUCCACUCCACGCUGCAGCCCAGGGAAGCAAGAUUGUUGUGACCAGUCGUAGCGAAACUGUUGCAAAAGUCAUGCGUGCAAUCCAUACUCAUCAGCUGGGAACAUUAAGCCCUGAAGAUAGUUGGUCCCUAUUUACAAAACUUGCAUUUCCAAAUGGAGACCCCUGCGCUUAUCCUCAGCUUGAACCCAUAGGCAGAGAGAUUGUGAAGAAGUGCCAAGGAUUGCCUUUGGCUGUGAAAGCACUCGGGAGUCUCUUGUACUCUAAGCCCGAAAGAAGAGAAUGGGAAGAUAUUUUGAAUAGCAAAACAUGGCAUUCUCAGACUGAUCAUGAAAUUCUUCCAUCUCUUAGAUUGAGUUAUCAGCAUCUUUCCCUACCUGUGAAGCGUUGUUUUGCUUACUGUUCCAUUUUUCCCAAGGACUAUGAAUUCCACAAAGAGAAGCUGAUUCUAUUAUGGAUGGCAGAAGGGCUUUUACACUCGGGACAAAGUAACAGAAGAAUGGAAGAGGUAGGUGAUUCAUAUUUUAAUGAACUUUUAGCAAAGUCAUUCUUUCAAAAAUGUAUUAGAGGAGAAAAAUCAUGCUUUGUAAUGCAUGAUCUAAUACAUGACUUGGCUCAACAUAUCUCCCAAGAAUUUUGCAUUCGAUUGGAAGAUUGUAAGCUGCAAAAAAUAUCUGAUAAGGCUCGCCAUUUUCUCCACUUUAAAAGUGACGAUGAUGGGGCAGUUGUAUUUAAAACUUUUGAGCCUGUUGGUGAAGCCAAACAUCUCAGAACAAUCUUACAGGUGGAGAGAUUAUGGCACCAUCCUUUUUAUUUAUUAAGUACAAGAGUUUUACAAAAUAUAUUACCAAAAUUUAAAUCCUUGCGCGUAUUGUCAUUGUGUGAAUACUGCAUAACAGAUGUGCCUGAUUCAAUACACAAUUUAAAACAGUUGCGUUACUUGGAUUUCUCUACAACAAUGAUUAAAAGAUUACCUGAAUCAAUAUGUUGUUUAUGCAAUUUGCAAACGAUGAUGUUGAGUCAAUGUUAUGAUCUUCUUGAAUUGCCUUCAAAAAUGGGGAAGUUGAUUAAUUUGCGCUAUCUUGAUAUUAGUGGGACUAAAUCAUUGAAAGAAAUGCCAAAUGAUAUAGAGCAAUUAAAAAGUUUACAACGGCUGCCUCAUUUUAUUGUGGGCCAAGAAAGUGGAUUCAGAUUUGGAGAAUUGUGGAAGCUUUCAGAGAUUAGAGGAAGACUUGAAAUUUCAAAAAUGGAGAAUGUGGUGGGUGUUGAGGAUGCAUUGCAGGCGAAUAUGAAGGAUAAGAAAUACCUUGAUGAGUUAUCCUUGAAUUGGAGUCACUACCGGAUUGGGGAUUAUGUUAGACAAAGUGGAGCAACAGAUGAUAUUCUUAACAGGCUAACACCUCAUCCAAAUUUAAAAAAGUUGUCCAUUGGAGGGUAUCCUGGUCUAACAUUUCCAGAUUGGCUUGGAGAUGAAUCAUUUUCAAAUCUCGUGUCCCUUCAGCUUUCGAAUUGUGGGAAUUGCUCAACAUUGCCGCCACUGGGGCAACUAGCUUGUCUUAAACGUCUAGAGAUCUCAGACAUGAAAGGAGUAGUGGGAGUGGGUAGUGAGUUUUAUGGGAAUUCUUCUUCCUCGCAUCAUCCCUCCUUCCCAUCCCUGCAAACUCUAUCAUUUAAAAAGAUGUACAACUGGGAGAAAUGGUUAUGUUGUGGAGGCGUAUGUGGAGAAUUCCCUUGUCUCCAGGAGCUUUCUAUAAGGCUAUGUCCAAAACUCACUGGGGAAUUACCAAUGCACCUUUCUUCAUUGCAGGAACUUAACCUUGAAGAUUGUCCACAACUGCUUGUGCCUACACUCAACGUUCCUGCUGCCCGUGAACUGCAGUUGAAAAGGCAAACUUGUGGGUUCACAGCUAGUCAAACUUCAGAAAUUGAAAUUUCAGACGUCUCUCAGUUGAAGCAACUUCCAGUGGUACCCCACUAUCUCUACAUUAGAAAAUGUGAUUCUGUGGAGUCUCUACUAGAGGAGGAAAUCCUGCAAAUCAACAUGUACAGUUUGGAAAUUUGUGAUUGCUCUUUUUACAGAUCCCCAAACAAAGUUGGCUUACCCACUACAUUGAAAUUGCUAUCAAUCUCUGAUUGUACCAAAUUGGACCUUCUUCUACCUGAGUUGUUCAGAUGCCAUCACCCGGUUCUCGAAAAUCUAUCAAUCAAUGGCGGUACCUGUGAUUCUCUCUCGUUGUCCUUCUCAAUAUUGGACAUCUUCCCCAGGUUGACUGAUUUCAAAAUAAAAGAUCUUAAGGGGAUUGAGGAGCUCUGCAUCUCGAUUUCAGAGGGGCAUCCCACAUCUCUUCGUAGAUUGAGAAUCGAAGGGUGCCUUAAUCUUGUAUACAUCCAACUGCCCGCUCUCGACUCGAUGUGCCAUCAGAUAUACAACUGCUCCAAGCUCAGAUUGCUGGCGCACACCCAUUCAUCUCUGCAGAACCUAAGUUUAAUGACUUGUCCAAAAUUGUUGUUGCACAGAGAGGGUUUGCCUUCCAACCUACGGGAACUUGAAAUAUGGGGCUGCAACCAACUCACGUCACAGGUGGACUGGGAUUUGCAAAGACUGACCUCUCUUACUCAUUUCACAAUCGAAGGUGGAUGUGAAGGCGUGGAAUUAUUUCCCAAGGAGUGUCUGCUGCCCUCUUCUCUAACUUAUCUUUCAAUCUAUAGUCUUCCAAAUCUCAAGUCUCUUGACAACAAGGGGCUUCAACAACUCACCUCUCUUCGAGAAUUAUGGAUCCAGUACUGCCCUGAGCUCCAAUUCUCGACAGGAUCUGUUCUUCAAUGCCUUCUCUCUCUCAAGAAAUUAGGAAUCGACUCGUGCGGAAGGCUCCAAUCCUUGACAGAAGCGGGUCUUCACCACCUCACCACUCUUGAAACGUUAAGAAUUUUCGACUGCCCUAAGCUUCAAUACUUGACAAAAGAGAGACUGCCAGACUCCCUCUCUUCUCUGUAUGUCAGAUGGUGUCCUUCACUGGAACAACGACUCCAAUUUGAGAAUGGGCAAGAAUGGCGUUAUAUAUCUCACAUUCCAAGAAUAGAGAUCGAUGAUGUGCUAUUUUAAUGAAAGCGGCAGUGCACCAACACAUGGGCAGCAUAGACACCAGUAGCCAUGGUAGUGGGAUUUGUGGAUUUAACAACCAUUGUAUUGCUUGAUGAAGAAGGGGGUUUGUCUAGAUUGUUGCAUGCAUAGGUAUUCAUUCUUGGAUAUAGAUUUUAAAGACCAAAUUUUUUCAAUUGCCCGAUUGCCAAGCAGAUGAAGGGAGAGCAGAGAAGAAUGUGGUACACAGGCUAUUGACAAGCAAAAUCGAGUUCCAGAGGGAACAUAAUCCCAUGAUCUUGUAUUUAUGAAAUUGCCCUCUCUCAACACCAAAAACAGUGAUCAAUGGUCUGUCAUUUUAAUGAAAGUGGUACUCCAUCAAUAUACUGUCAGGUAAUUUGUUCUAUGCUUAAACUUAUUUUCUUUAAAAAAGUUAUGUUCCAAUUCAUAAAGUAGCUGGCCAAGUACUCAUGUUUCAAAACUUCUAACAAUCUCUGCACUUGCAUGUCUGCAUAACUCAUUUUCUAGUCUUCUUAUUGGGAAUUUGGUUAUGCAGCAUGCUCUAUCCUGUCUUUUUUUUAAAAAAGAAUUUUCUAAUGAAGUAAAGAAGAGUAAAGAAAGAUUGAUCCAUGGUAAUUCACAUUUUAAUGAAGCCAGUUAUCAUAUUUUCAUGACACCAUCAAUUUACCUUUUAGAAUGGGUAGAGAUGACUCUUAGCUACUUGUGUGUUAAUCCCCUGUAAGAACAUGUGGAUACAUUUUUUGGUAAUUCAUGGUUAUUGAAAUAUGUAUUGAAUCUUACCCACAUCAUAAUAUGAACUUAGUUGGCUACAUAAGUAAUAUACAUGUUGUGACUUUGCUCCCUUCGAUAUCAAAAUAAAUGGAUCACUGCUUUUUCUUUUGUGUGUCUCAUAUUAAGCAACAAGGAUCAGCAUAGAAGACUUACUAUGAGAACAAUGUUUGAUAUGACCAUGAAAAAAAAAAAGAGGUAAACAUCAAUAACUUUAUGCCAAUGUAAUUUUAAAUUUGGGAACAUUUGGAAAACUACAGUUGCAAAAGCAACAUUUUUAUGUGAGGUAUUUUAUGGUAUUGAAUUUAUAGAAUUUUUUAGUUAUCUGAACUUUCUUUUGGUUCAGCAGCCAGCACUGAUUAAGGGCCCCUGUAAAAAAAAAGCCAGUCUAUUUUGCACUAACCCGAUGGACCACCUUCAAAAGGGUUUGUUCUCAAUCUGAGGAAAGUUUGUUUUGAGAGCAUAUUUGACUAUUAGUCAAGCUGGACUAGCCUGUGACUCAAUUCCAUCAACCAACGUCAAUGGUAUCAACUAUGGAUGGCCCUUGCUUGGUUGGGUCGAGUUACAAUCAGACUUAAGUAUGUUCACAUGGCAAUUACUGAUGACAAUUGCAGUGCAGCUGCAAGGGGCCGUGGUCGCGGGAUUUGUGGAUUCAACAGCUAUUGUAUUGUUUGAUGAGUAGAGGGGGCUGUUCAGAUGUGAGUGCCUGUGUAGGCAUUCUUUCUUGGCUCCAGAUUUUAAAGACCAAAUUUUCCAAUGCCCAGUUACCAAGCAGAUGAAGGGGAAGCAGAGAAUAAUGCAGUAGAGUUCAUAGAAUUAAACAACACAGACUGGCAAAUCUGCAAUUAUGAACUUUGGAUUGAACAGACCGUUGACAAGGAGAAAUUUUAAAGAGUCUUGUAAAGAGGAUUGCUUCUGUGCAGUAGCCAUUUAUACAGACAAUGUGUUGGCCAAAGAGAUUCCUUCUCUCCUGUGGAAGACAGAGCAAAGGCUUACAGAUAGGCCAGGAUAAGCCUACCUUGAUUCUUGUUGGGUCACUACUACUUGGAAGCUCAGUGUUCUUCAAACUCUUUGUGUGUUUAGCUAUAGCUGGGCUGCUGUCUUCUGAUACUGUAAGAAACUGAUCAGUCUCCAAUUUGUUUCAAGCAUACUGGGGACUAAGGAGUAACAUCUGCAGACACUUAUUCCCUAGACAAUUGAUGCUACUUCUCUGAAUAAAUUUCCAAUUUUUCUCUUUUAAUUUUUAUCAAUGUACUUGUUCCUAUACCAUCAGUUUGUACCCACAUUAUGACAUUGACAACCUAAGGAAAAUUUUAAAAAAGUAGCAUAAUCUUGUUACCUUUUAUGUAA